AUGAUGGGUCGGGAGGACUGGACCAUUGUGAUUUCACUAGCUUUUGCUAUUAUCUAUCUCGGGUUUGUUGCUGGUGAGGUGCACUUUGGUCUCGGAGCACAUUCUGCGAAAUUAUCAGAUCAAGAAUUGAUGAACCAGCUGAAGAUGCUCUGGGUUGCCAUUCCCAUGUACAACGCCAGUCUGGCCUGCACCAAGUUCUCCAUCCUCUUCCAAUACCUCCGCAUCUUCCCCCGUCGACCGUUCCGUAUUUCCUGCUAUAUCGUCAUGAGCAUCGUCGCAUUAUACUCGACCUGGGCCUUUAUCACCGGUUUCCUCACCUGCGUCCCGGUUGCCAAGUUCUGGGACCGGACGGUGAAGGGUUACUGUUUCAACUUUGAGGCGCUGUGGUUCUUCAACGCCGCGAUGAACAUUGCAACAGACUUUACUUUGCUUAUCAUGCCGAUGCCGCUUCUUUCACAGCUUCAACUGCCACGGACGCAGAAGAUUGCGCUAUGUGGUGUUUUUGCAAUCGGUGGUUUGGUUGUGAUUACCAGUGCCCUCCGUCUCUCCAGUUUACAUACUGUUGCAAGGGACCCUGAUACAUCUUACAGCAACGUCGCCGCUGCCUACUGGACCGCCGCAGAAUGCAACGUCGCCAUCAUCUGCGCCUCGCUUCCCUUCCUCCGCCCCGUAAUCAGCUGCAUCUUCCCCAAGCUCAUGCCAACAAACAGCUACCGUCGCCAUCAAACCGGCUUCAACACAACAAACCGCUCUCGUCUUCAAACAGAGCUUUACUCACAACAGCGCGAUUACGACAUGUACACGAUUGAUGUCAAGUCGGAUGCUGUACCUCGUGAUCCGUUUAGGGGCAUUGAGGUCACGACCGAAAUGAUUCAAGAGACGGGGAAGCCGAGUAUGAGUAAAAGUGGUAUCGAGUCGACGAAUACUAGCCAACGGGAGUUGGUUAUGGGUGCAUGA